AUGGCUGCUACCGACCCACCGUUGGAAGGAUUUCUUUGUCCCGUCUGCCUCGCCGACUUUCCAGCGCCCGCUCCCUUGACCAAACACUUCGACGAGUUCCACCGCGACGAUCCGGAGAUCUUCAAGUCGCUCAAAGAUCUUUUUGGCAAGGCCAAGAGCAAGAUAUUGAAACGAGAGGAAACGUCGUCGCGCUCCUUCGCCGAUACCGCGCCGCGCAGCCCGCCGUCUCGUUCCGAAACAGGUACGACCAGAUCGCACACCGCCUACUUCCGGCAGACCAGGAACGCCAGAUUGGAGCGAUACUCUGCGCAAACCAACAAACUCUUGAUAAGGCUCGACAAAUUGUUGAACGAUUUACCGACCGAUCCGGUCGACAGAAAAGCGCACGAGCGCGCCGUCGUACCGUGGAUAGACGACAAAGACGUCAAACUGUGUCCCAUCUGUGCGAAAAGUUUCCACGUUGCCAGGAGAAAGCAUCACUGUCGACUUUGCGGAGCUGUCAUGUGUCGCGACUGUACCGUCUUUCUGUCGUUGCGAGACGCGAGUCGGUAG